UUCAUAUUGAUUGUAUUGUUGGAGGACUUGUGUCAGUUUCAUAUGGAUUGUAUUGUUGGAGGACUUGUGUCAGUUUCAUAUCGAUUGUAUUGUUGGAGGACUUGUGUCAGUUUCAUAUUGAUUGUAUUGUUGGAGGACUUGUGUCAGCUUCAUAUGGAUUGUAUUGUUGGAGGACUUGUGUCAGUUUCAUAUGGAUUGUAUUGUUGGAGGACUUGUGUCAGUUUCAUAUGGAUUGUAUUGUUGGAGGACUUGUCAGCUUCAUAUUGAUUGUAUUGUUGGAGGACUUGUGUCAGUUUCAUAUUGAUUGUAUUGUUGGAGGACUUGUCUCAGUUUCAUAUUGAUUGUAUUGUUGGAGGACUUGUCUCAGCUUCAUAUUGAUUGUAUUGUUGGAGGACUUGUCUCAGUUUCAUAUUGAUUGUAUUGUUGGAGGACUUGUCUCAGUUUCAUAUUGAUUGUAUUGUUGGAGGACUUGUGUCAGCUUCAUAUGGAUUGUAUUGUUGGAGGACUUGUGUCAGUUUCAUAUUGAUUGUAUUGUUGGAGGACUUGUGUCAGCUUCAUAUGGAUUGUAUUGUUGGAGGACUUGUGUCAGUUUCAUAUUGAUUGUAUUGUUGGAGGACUUGUGUCAGCUUCAUAUGGAUUGUAUUGUUGGAGGACUUGUGUCAGUUUCAUAUUGAUUGUAUUGUUGGAGGACUUGUGUCAGCUUCAUAUGGAUUGUAUUGUUGGAGGACUUGUGUCAGUUUCAUAUUGAUUGUAUUGUUGGAGGACUUGUGUCAGUUUCAUAUUGAUUGUAUUGUUGGAGGACUUGUGUCGGUUUCAUAUUGAUUGUAUUGUUGGAGGACUUGUGUCAGCUUCAUAUGGAUUGUAUUGUUGGAGGACUUGUCAGCUUCAUAUGGAUUGUAUUGUUGGAGGACUUGUGUCGGUUUCAUAUUGAUUGUAUUGUUGGAGGACUUGUGUCAGUUUCAUAUCGAUUGUAUUGUUGGAGGACUUGUGUCAGCUUCAUAUGGAUUGUAUUGUUGGAGGACUUGUGUCAGUUUCAUAUUGAUUGUAUUGUUGGAGGACUUGUCUCAGCUUCAUAUGGAUUGUAUUGUUGGAGGACUUGUCAGCUUCAUAUGGAUUGUAUUGUUGGAGGACUUGUCAGCUUCAUAUUGAUUGUAUUGUUGGAGGACUUGUCAGCUUCAUAUUGAUUGUAUUGUUGGAGGACUUGUCAGCUUCAUAUUGAUUGUAUUGUUGGAGGACUUGUCAGCUUCAUAUUGAUUGUAUUGUUGGAGGACUUGUCAGUUUCAUAUGGAUUGUAUUGUUGGAGGACUUGUCAGUUUCAUAUUGAUUGUAUUGUUGGAGGACUUGUCAGCUUCAUAUUGAUUGUAUUGUUGGAGGACUUGUCAGCUUCAUAUUGAUUGUAUUGUUGGAGGACUUGUCUCAGCUUCAUAUUGAUUGUAUUGUUGGAGGACUUGUCUCAGCUUCAUAUUGAUUGUAUUGUUGGAGGACUUGUCAGCUUCAUAUUGAUUGUAUUGUUGGAGGACUUGUCAGCUUCAUAUUGAUUGUAUUGUUGGAGGACUUGUCUCAGCUUCAUAUUGAUUGUAUUGUUGGAGGACUUGUCUCAGCUUCAUAUGGAUUGUAUUGUUGGAGGACUUGUGUAAGUUUCAUAUUGAUUGUAUUGUUGGAGGACUUGUGUCAGCUUCAUAUGGAUUGUAUUGUUGGAGGACUUGUGUAAGUUUCAUAUUGAUUGUAUUGUUGGAGGACUUGUGUCAGCUUCAUAUGGAUUGUAUUGUUGGAGGACUUGUGUAAGUUUCAUAUUGAUUGUAUUGUUGGAGGACUUGUGUCAGCUUCAUAUGGAUUGUAUUGUUGGAGGACUUGUGUAAGUUUCAUAUUGAUUGUAUUGUUGGAGGACUUGUGUAAGUUUCAUAUUGAUUGUAUUGUUGGAGGACUUGUGUCAGUUUCAUAUUGAUUGUAUUGUUGGAGGACUUGUGUCAGCUUCAUAUGGAUUGUAUUGUUGGAGGACUUGUGUAAGUUUCAUAUUGAUUGUAUUGUUGGAGGACUUGUGUAAGUUUCAUAUUGAUUGUAUUGUUGGAGGACUUGUCUCAGCUUCAUAUGGAUUGUAUUGUUGGAGGACUUGUGUAAGUUUCAUAUUGAUUGUAUUGUUGGAGGACUUGUGUCAGCUUCAUAUUGAUUGUAUUGUUGGAGGACUUGUGUCAGUUUCAUAUGGAUUGUAUUGUUGGAGGACUUGUGUAAGUUUCAUAUUGAUUGUAUUGUUGGAGGACUUGUGUCAGCUUCAUAUGGAUUGUAUUGUUGGAGGACUUGUGUAAGUUUCAUAUUGAUUGUAUUGUUGGAGGACUUGUGUCAGCUUCAUAUGGAUUGUAUUGUUGGAGGACUUGUGUCAGCUUCAUAUGGAUUGUAUUGUUGGAGGACUUGUGUCAGUUUCAUAUUGAUUGUAUUGUUGGAGGACUUGUGUCAGUUUCAUAUUGAUUGUAUUGUUGGAGGACUUGUCUCAGCUUCAUAUGGAUUGUAUUGUUGGAGGACUUGUCUCAGCUUCAUAUGGAUUGUAUUGGAGGACUUGUGUCAGCUUCAUAUGGAUUGUAUUGUUGGAGGACUUGUCUCAGCUUCAUAUGGAUUGUAUUGGAGGACUUGUGUCAGCUUCAUAUGGAUUGUAUUGUUGGAGGACUUGUCUCAGCUUCAUAUGGAUUGUAUUGGAGGACUUGUGUCAGCUUCAUAUGGAUUGUAUUGGAGGACUUGUGUCAGCUUCAUAUGGAUUGUAUUGUUGGAGGACUUGUGUCAGCUUCAUAUGGAUUGUAUUGUUGGAGGACUUGUCUCAGCUUCAUAUGGAUUGUAUUGGAGGACUUGUGUCAGCUUCAUAUGGAUUGUAUUGGAGGACUUGUGUCAGCUUCAUAUGGAUUGUAUUGGAGGACUUGUGUCAGCUUCAUAUGGAUUGUAUUGUUGGAGGACUUGUGUCAGCUUCAUAUGGAUUGUAUUGUUGGAGGACUUGUGUCAGUUUCAUAUGGAUUGUAUUGUUGGAGGACUUGUCAGCUUCAUAUGGAUUGUAUUGUUGGAGGACUUGUGUCAGUUUCAUAUUGAUUGUAUUGUUGGAGGACUUGUCAGCUUCAUAUGGAUUGUAUUGUUGGAGGACUUGUGUCAGCUUCAUAUUGAUUGUAUUGUUGGAGGACUUGUCAGCUUCAUAUUGAUUGUAUUGUUGGAGGACUUGUGUCAGUUUCAUAUUGAUUGUAUUGUUGGAGGACUUGUCUCAGCUUCAUAUGGAUUGUAUUGUUGGAGGACUUGUCAGCUUCAUAUUGAUUGUAUUGUUGGAGGACUUGUGUCAGUUUCAUAUUGAUUGUAUUGUUGGAGGACUUGUCUCAGCUUCAUAUGGAUUGUAUUGUUGGAGGACUUGUCAGCUUCAUAUUGAUUGUAUUGUUGGAGGACUU